AUGCACUGCCACUGUCUCACUGAGGGCAUCCCCCCAGCUCCCAGCUCCUACUGGAUCUCAGGCCUGGCCUUCCCAGACUGGGCCUACAAGGCCGAGUCAUCCCCAGGCUCCCGGCAGAUCCAACUGUGGCAUUUCAUCUUGGAGCUGCUUCAGAAAGAGGAGUUCCGCCAUGUCAUUGCCUGGCAGCAGGGAGAAUAUGGAGAGUUUGUCAUCAAAGACCCAGAUGAAGUGGCCCGCCUUUGGGGCCGAAGAAAGUGCAAACCACAGAUGAACUAUGACAAGCUGAGCCGGGCCCUCAGGUAUUACUACAAUAAAAGAAUCCUGCACAAGACCAAAGGCAAGAGGUUUACUUAUAAGUUCAACUUCAGCAAACUCAUUGUGGUCAACUAUCCGCUGUGGGACAUGCGGCCCCUACCCCCACCCCCUCUUUUGCUGGGCGCCCCAGGCAUGUACGGUCCAGCCUUGGUGCCCAUCGGUAUGCAGAGUGAGCUCCUCCACACUGUUCUGUUCACCCAUCGGGCAAUAAUGGAACAGCUGGCUGGGCAGCGGAGUUCACCAAGCCCCCUGGAGCCCACUGGGGAGAAGAAGGGAAGCAGCUGCAGUGACCAUCGUCUUGGCUCUCCCCAAGCUCGUUGCCUGUUGAACCCCUGCUACCAUUUCCAGAAUCCCCAAAAUGAACUCCCUCCUCUUGCCUCUUUGCCCCCUCCCUUCUCGAGUCCCCUUCCAAACCAGUGGCCACGAUUCUCUGGGCCCUUCCUCCCCACUAGCCUACAAGAGCAGCCAUCCCCUGGGCCCUCAAAGACAGAUUCUCUGUUGGCUGGAUUACCCACAGGUGGAAAAGUUUUCCCAGGGUUUCCCCUUCUGGCUGGGAUGGGGCCUGGGGCAGGAGAGAGGCUGAGGUUUCUGUCCCGGAGGCCUGAGGAGACUGAGGUAAAGCAGGACUUGGGAGAGGGAGGAAAGGGAUGUCGGGGACCUGUGGUAGAUUUCCCUUCAGAGAUACACAGACUCAAAACCAGGGAGGAAAACCAUGUAUCCUCGUGUCUGGAGACCUUCAGAGCCGCGUGGGCUCUGGAUCCUCCUUAACCCUAAGGUGAGAGAUGCAGCUUCUCCAACCCCAUGGUUCUGUUCUGUCCCUCUGCUAUUUCACCUUCUUCCUGGCUCUGCCUUCCCCUGGCCCCAAACCCACACUGGCUCCAGGCACUGAACAUGGGCUUAAGUGAAGUAGAAGGGAUUGAAGUCAAACCUAAAGAAGGGAAGGUGAUGAAACAUAAUGGGAAUCCCAAGGUGGGAGGGCAAGGGUUGGAGGUUAACUGUGAGGGGCACGAUUCCUCUCUUUAUCCAAUGGGGUGGGGCCGCUGAGACAGAAUAUUCCUGACCCUCCAACCGAAGACUUCAUUAGUUCAAGAGGCUCAGCUUAUUCCCCUCCUCCUACCC